AAAUCCCGGUGAUUAUUAAAUAUUUUAAUUAAUUAUAAAUGGCUGUAAUACCAAUUAAAUAUAUUUUAUAUAAAUAAAAAUUAAACACGAAGCUUCGCGUGAUGCCAAUAAAAAAAAAUUAUUGAUGAAUUAAAAUUGAUUUUACGGAAUAUAAAAGACCGGCCGCUUCAGCAGCAGUUCACAGUGAAAAUAAAAUAAUUUAAAAUGCACAAAAAUAUUAUUAAAAUAUUAUUAAUUUCCAUUGCACUGUCGGUUAAUAUCAAUGCCGUAAAAGUACCACUGGUUGAAUUAUCUGCUGGUGAUACAAUUGAUAUAGAUUAUUUUAAUUCAAAGUCAGCUGACCGUAUCGGAGAUAUAUUUAACGGUAAAAGUAAAAAUAAAUUUGUCAGAAAUGAUAAUUACGCGGAUUAUAUAAGGGUGUAUAAAACAUCUUGUAAGCCCCUUGAGUUUUUAAGGCAGUAUUUCUAUCCAGAAAUAACUAUAAAUUACGAAGAAUUUGAUCCAUCAAGUAUAUUUCACGAUGGAAGUAAAUUACAAGACAUUUUUGGUAUUGAUAAAAAAUAUAUUAACAAUAAUUAUUCAUAUGGAAUUGUUAAAUUAUGCAAAAUAACAGAAGAACAACAUGUGGACGCUGAAGUACUUAAUGAAAGUUAUUGUUCAUUAAUUAGUAACAACUUUAAUUAUAGAAUCCGAUAUAACGUAACCGGUAUUUUGAGAUUCAAAAAAAAUAAUGAGACACAUUACGUAUCAUCAAUUACCGCCGGAGAUUGUCUAUUACAAGUUUUCGUAAAUAAUGCUAAAGUUUGUGAUCAAGUUGAUGAAACCGAAUCGAUAAUGAAUAACGAUUAUUUUUUUGAAUCUUUUGUUCAUAAAAGCCGCGUGAUAACUGCCAGCAAUAAUAGCGGGUUUGAAAAUUGGAUGAAUAAUUUUUUGGACUCUUCGGAAAAUUCACUCUUUACUUUUUGUCAUUUCCCAAGAAUUAAUCAAGUAGACAUUUUGAGAGACAUUAAAAGACAUUAUGUUUUUGGAAUGAGGCUGAAGUCGUUGCCAAAAUUACCAGAGCCAAAAUUAUCAAUUGAUAGUGAAAAAAUAUCAUGGACAAAUGUGCAACCAGGUGAUGUUCUUGAUGCUGGAAUAUUAAAAUACAAUGAUAAUGUGAAAAUAGUCGAUAGACUUCUGACAUAUGUUGAUGAUGAUCCAUCAGCGCCAUUUACUUCGGUCAAUUACACUGAUUGCCGUGAGUUCAAUGGCAUUGAUACUGUGAAUCUUGAGAUUUUCAAAAAUCACUCAGAGAUCGACGAGCAUAAAACUUAUUACACAAUUAAUAAUUUCAAUGAAAUGGUCAGACGCUACGAUUAUGGAGUCGAUCAUUUAUAUUUGAAUAGUAAUUUUAAAUGCCUGAAAGUCACUAUUUGUUCUCAAUUUGAAAAAAAUAGAUUGGUUUUACCUUUGCGUAUAUUUAGUUUAGGACGACAACUCAGCAAUUCAGAAGUUUUUUAUAACGAAAAUGUUGUUUUUCGAUACAUGAAAGAAAAUGAAAGCUAUUAUGUUGCUAAAACAGAAGCCGGAAGUUGUUUGUUUCAGGCAUUAAUGUACUUCACUGAAACUGUUUUUGAAGAAGAAAAAAUCCGCCCUCCGCAAUUACUUGUACACAUAGGCCGAGUAAUAGCAUCAAAUAACGAUCGCAAUCUUGAAGUUUGGGCCGAUGAUUACGUAAAGAAUAGUUUGCCAGAUGGUUCAAAAAAAACUCUUUUGGAUGUAGUUGAAAAUCCCGUAGCUGCAAUGGCUGUUUUUUCUAGACUUAAUCAGAAUAAUAACUCUCUCAUAAAUGUUUUCUUAGAUAAAUUGUAUUAACUGUAUGAUUCAAUUAAAAAAAAAAAAAAACGAGUUUAAUUUUAGAAUUGCAGCAUUUAAAAUUUCUCAUAAAUUUUCCGUACUAAAUUAAAUAAUUGGUAAUAAAAUAAAAAGUUAUAUUUAGAUAAAAAAAGUAAACUUUUUAGUGUAAUAAAAAUAAA